AUGUCUAAUUUUUGGAAAGAGAUCCAAAACUAUUCUGGAUGCACAGAUUUCGAAUAGUUACAGUAUUAUCUCAACCUCAUCUAUAAAUAUCAAGUUUAAUUGGAGGACUUUUAAACUAUGCACCCUGUGUAUCUAGCAAAAUUACUGCAUAUACACUAAUUAGCAAUACAAUAUUAUGAACAUUCCACUGAAGAGUUGAUUGAGUAUGAAAAAUACAACCAAAAAAUGACAUAAGACAUUGUGGAACAAAUCAGAAAAACGGAAAAAAAACUUUUAGAGAGCAAAGUAAAUAUAAAGGCAGCACAAAAAAAACUGUCAUUAGAAUUGAAUCAGAAGGAAAUAUUUAUGCAGAAAAUUAUAAACACCCAAUUAAUCUAAUGUCUUUAUUGUGAUAAGGUGGUCACAAACGAGUCUUAGUUUGAUUUACAUAUGAAAUAAUAUCAUAAAGGGGAAUUCAAUAAAAAAGAGGUCAAUACUAUCAAUCAAGCUUUGCAAAAUCAGUUAUUGACAUAGCAAUUGAGUAACAAAGUUAUCUAAUAAAAUCAACAAAAUUAUAUAGCCUUAAAUUAUCAACUGCUUUAAUUCACUAAAGAUCAAUUAUCAAGAGAAACAACAAACUUCAUGGGAAAUACGUUAGAAGUCACUGGAAAAAUAAAAGAUAUUGAUCAAACUUAUACAAAAGAAAUAAAGAACUUGGAAGAAGAAAUCAGCAAUAAACUGAAUUUGAUUUAACUUAAUGCCGAAAAAGAAGAAUAAAUAAGAGAAUAACAAGCGAAAGAAAAAGUAGCAUAAAUGGAAGAUAAAAUACUCCAAGAAUUUGAAAAAUCAAAAUCUCAUCUUUUGAAAUCGAAAUAACUUAAUACAAUGAAAAAUCUAGGGAAAUCUCAAGAAAGUGCAGUCAAUGUCUCUCAACAUCAUCCAUCUGUUGCUUUCUACUAAUCAUCUUAGCUUCAUAGAGGAUAAACAGGUAUUCAUAUCAAAAGUCUUGCAAAUAUUGAAUAGGAUGAAUUAAUUGAAGAUGAUCAACAUUAUAAAACUAGUUUACAACAAUUCAAAAUUCAGAUUAAAAAUCCAGAAUCAGACUCCCAUCUGCAAGGUCAAUUUGAAUAAUCAUAAUUGUUAUCUGAUUCUUUAUAAGGAAGCUAACGCAUAUUGGUUCAACCUUAAACUGAUGUAUUAUAAUAAUCAAAAUUCUCAAAACCACUUUACAAGAAGAACUCUGGAUCUGAAGAGGAUUAAUCAUUUAAUAAAAAUGAAAAUCUAUAAUCUUAAGACAAUAUUGAUUAUCUGAUUGAAAAUCUUGAUAUAUACCGCAAUGCAGUUGAGUCAUAAUAAAAUAUGCUGUUUGAAUUGUUAUAAAAUAGAAAUAAAGGUUCGAGAUCUACAUAUACAGACAUUUAGAAAAAACAUUAUCGAUAAAUUUUGGAGAAAAAUAUAGAGUAAGACCUCAAAGGGAUUGAAUAAUAUGAUCUUAAACAUUUGAGAAAGAUUUAUGAUGAAUUGAAUAAAUAACUAAAGGAUUAAUAGGCAAAUGUUGAUUAAAAACUCUAAUUAUACUCACUUAAUGAGGAAUCUCGUACUCCUGAGGAUAUUGAUUCUCUAAGAGCCACAUAAUUUUUAAAUAUCAAGUCUAUAAAAAAUAGUGGGAAAAAUCUUUAAAAUCUAUCCUAGAAUUGA